AUGGCGGAUCCUGUCGCAGCCAAAUCAGGCUUUCUCUGCAUGUACAUGUCGAACCACCCAGACACUCUGGUCGCGUACGUACGGCACUGGGGCAAGGUGAAUGACGAUGUUGCUGGUGCGCAAAUGACUUCAAUAGAUACGAAAGGAAUGUCGCUUUCGUACCAGAACAAGAUCAACCGAGGUGUCAUGAAGGAAGUUCGGGUUGAGUUUGAUCCUCCCCUUGCAGGCUACGAGGAAGUCAAGCCACGUCUUCUGAGCAUGAAGGUGGAUGCAGAGGAGGCAUUAGGAAUGGCUAAAGCGCCGCAGAUCACGUCCUUCCGCUUCCCGCGCGACGCAUGGAUGACAACGGCGCUGAUUGUGUCGCUCAUCUACGUUACAUGGGCACCUGAGCCUUCUGCGCCGAAUUUCUCCACGCUCUGGCACCCUGGCUACUUCACCCGCUCGAUCCUCCCAUCCUGGAUAGUGCCAUUUUGUUGGUACAUCAUCCUGCUGCCCGCGCAUACUCUGGAAGCCUUGUACGCGCUCUCGAUUUGCUGGAAGCACAGCACGCCGUUGCUCGUCGGGGCCGCGUACGUUUUCGGCACUUUCGUUUGGGGAUUCCCCGUUCUGGGAGAGCUACGCCGUCAAAAGCACGCGGUGCGGAUCGACAGUAUCCUUAAAGGGAAGUGA